AUGGGGACGUCAACAACAGUAUGGCGAUGUUUUCUGGUCUUGACACAAGCGUUCCUGUACGUUUCUUUGGCGAAUGUUGUGAAGAUAGGUGUUAUGAUGCCUUUUCCCGACGAAAUGUUACCGUUCUGGGGCCCGAGGCCGGACAGAGCGGUCGACUUUGCUCUUGCCCACAUCGCGAACAACUCUAAACACGUUUCCAACUUAACUCUCCACCGUGUGGACGCGGUUACGUCGUGCAAGACGGGCGAGAUCUUGGGACACGCCGUGGACUUGAUGUCGAACGUUCGCGUGGACGUUGUCGUCGGUCCCCCUUGCGCGGUAGGGUGCUCCGCACUCUCCGCGCUCGGCGACUACUACAACGUUUCCACCGUCGUGCCCGCCUGCUUCGGGGACCUCUCCGAACACGGUCAUGACUUCUUCGCCAUCAUGGAACCGCCCGGGGCCAUCGCCGAGCGUGUAAAGACUCUGACAGAGUACUACAAAUGGUCGGAUGUACUCCUGAUCACAAAAGGCGAAGAGCCGUGGAUAACGUUGGGAAAGAUCAUGAAAGAAACGUUGGAUGACGUCACUACGGCGUCAAAGAUCCUGAAGUACACAGGCGCUUUAGGACUUGAAGUUGCGACGAAUCUGCUAAGUCAGAAAGAGGCACCAAAAGUUAUCAUCUUCGCCGUCCCGAGAGCGUCCAUGGGUGCUGAAGACGAGCACACGCUUAUGAUAGCGGCCUACCAGCUGGGCAUGACGACCAAGACUGUCUUCAUCAACGUCGACCUCUCCCCGGUACCUGUCCUGUGGGGCGCGGGGUGGAACCCGCCGGACCUGGCACAGGCGUUAGUCGGCGGGGUGCUACAGGAGGCUAACAAAGCCCUGCUGCUUCUGGCACCGAGAGUCCAGCAAAGCAGUACUUUACUAAAAGACUUCGUGUCGGCCGGAGGACCGUGGCCUAUGGCCGCGUACGUGUACGACUCGGUCCUUCUCGCCGCAAAUACCGCCAACACAACUGCCGAGCCACCGGCACUUCACAACGUGGGAACCGCCGCACUUGCCGGUCUGACCGGCAAACUUCAGUUUGACAGACAGGGUGGCAGGGUACAAGAAUUUAUUCUCUACAGUUUCCAGAACGGUAGAUUUGUCCCGACCGUGGGCUUCUCCAACCUCAACAGUUCCCUGGUGUUCAUCCCCGGCGUGACGCCCUGUUCGGAGUCGGAGAACUGCCUGUCCUUCCGGUACUGCGCGGAAAACUGCCCCUGUCUGGGGCCGACCUGCACGGAAAACAAGUCGUCGGAUUUGCCGAUGAUUAUAGGCGUUGCUGUGGCUGCAGUCGUCCUUGUGGGUCUCCUGUCGUUGACUGGGUUGCAUCUGAAGAACGAUGGACUUUUUGGUUCCGCGGCUCCGAGGAGAAACAAAGGAAGAAACGGUUGGAAAGUCAGUCUGGAGGACGUGAAGUUUGCAGACAGAUCCAGGGCUGUCUUACCCGGGUUGAGGUUCGGUUCUCCCGCGGGCGGGGCCGGUUCCGGCAAACACCAGUCCCUCCUCAGCUCGUUCACAGGGGCGAGUCAUACGUCACUGCUGAACCUGGGAACGAGACACAAGUUCGUGCCGUCUGUCGGUACGUACAGCGGCCGGCCGGUCGCCGUGAAGAAGGUUUCCCUGGGAGACUUCGCCAUCACUUCAACCGUCAAACGGGAGCUGGGACAGAUCUGCAGCUUCCAACACGUGAACUUGAACGUUCUUCACGGCAUCUGCUUCCCUCCACACGGAGCUGGUGACGUCACCAUCAUCAGCGACUACUGCCCAAGAGGCAGCUUAGAGGACAUCAUAGAGACGGAAGAAAUCAACCUGGAUAACGUGUUUGUGUGGUCAUUUCUGAACGACUUGGUUAAGGGCAUGCUGUACCUGCACAACAGCGAGGUGAAGUCUCACGGUAACCUCCGGCCCAGUAACUGCGUGAUCGACAGCCGCUGGGUGCUGAAGCUGACCGACUUCGGCUCCAUCAGCUGCGCCGCAAGCUGCGAGAAGACUCGGCAGGCGGAGGACGUCGCCAGGUUCACACGAAUGUUUUGGGUGGCGCCCGAGCUGCUGCGCCGGGAGUGCCCGCUGAAAGGGUCCCAGAAGGGUGACGUCUACUCUUUCGCCAUGGUGGCUUACGAAGUCGCCACCCGCUCAGCCCCGUACACUGACAGUCAACUCACACCCAGAGAGAUCGUCCGCAAGGUGAUCCGGCGGGAGGAGCCCCUGAUGCGUCCGGAGACGGGGGAGGACUUCUCCAGCAUGCGCGGGCUGGAGUCUCUCAUUAGGGACUGCUGGACAGAGCUGCCGGAGGACAGGCCGGACUUCACCGCCAUCAGGAAGAGACUCAAGGGGAUGGAGUAUGGGAGAACGUUCAACAUUGUGGACAACGUGAUCGCUAAGCUGGAGAAGUACACUAAGAACCUGGAGAGCGUGGUGGCGGAGAGGACGUCACAACUGGAGGACGAGAAACGGAAGACCGAACUCCUGCUGCAGAGGAUGCUGCCAACUUCGGUUGCGGACACUCUGAAGCAGGGCAAGCCAGUGACGGCCGAACACUACGAUAUGGCGACCAUCUUCUUCAGCGACAUCGUGGGUUUUACGGAAAUGGCGGCGGACAGUACUCCCAUGGAUGUAGUGACCAUGCUGAACGAUCUGUACUGUUGUUUCGAUGCCAUCAUCGACGCUUUUGACGUCUACAAGGUGGAGACUAUCGGAGACGCGUACAUGGUUGUGUCGGGCCUGCCUGAGCGGAACGGGGACCGGCACGUGACGGAGAUCGCCGACAUGGCGCUCACCCUGCUGAGGGACGUGCACAACUUCCGCAUCAGCCACAAGAACGACAAACCGCUGCAGCUCAGGAUUGGCAUCCACACAGGCCCUGUAGUGGCAGGAGUUGUCGGCCUGACCAUGCCGCGCUACUGCCUGUUCGGCGACACCGUCAACACGUCCUCCCGCAUGGAGUCCACGGGCGCCCCCUUGCGAAUCCACGUGAGCGGCACCACGGCAAAAAUGCUGGCUCAGCACAAGGGAGUUUACGACCUGGUCCUCCGGGGAGAGAUACAAGUCAAGGGUAAAGGGAAAAUGACCACAUAUUGGUUGUUGGAUAAAGUUCAGGAAGACCAAGAAGACCCUGAAUCACCCCCAACACAAACACAAACACCACAACCUGUCCGACCCAAGAGACAGAAAACUGUCAUGUCUACCCUUGGCCAGAAGGGGGAAAGAUCACUGGACUAA